AUGAGAGAUCUGGUGAAGGAAAGGUUGCCCACCUUUUCUGCCGAAGAGAAAUCUCUACUCAACGGGAGUUUAGGUAAUUUUGUUGGGAUAAACUAUUACUCAUCAGCUGGUGCAAAACACAGGCCUGCUCCUCCCACAGAGCAGUUGCGGUAUUCAUUCGAUUCAUGGGCCGAAGCAACAGCGAUCCCAGACGUUUCUGGUGUGUCCCAUAGUACUUGGCCUCAAGGGCUGCAGAAGCUGAUGAAUUAUGUGAAGAAUAAAUAUCAAGGGCCACAGGUUUACAUUUCUGAAAAUGGUCGGAUUUCUUACUUGUGCUUCAGAUAUACUAACACAAGGAAUGACAGCCGUUCGCUUCAUGAACGAUUAUACGACCCCCAUCGAGCUUCCUAUAUUGCUCGGCAUUUGUAUCGGUUGAACAAGGCAAUGAAGAAUGGAGCGAACGUCAAAGGGUACUUUUACUGGGCUCUAUUCGACGAUGUUGAAUGGGGUCUCGGGUUUUCGCUGCAAUAUGGACUUUACUAUAUUGAUUUCGGCAACAACUACAAGCGCUACCCCAAGCUCUCAGCUAGGUGGUUCCGUGAUUUCAACAAGAAGAACUACUAG